AUGCCCGGUUCUUGUGUUAACAACCAGGUUGGUAAUCAGCCAGCUCCGCUACAUUCUACCGGGAUCUCUAAUCCCAAUCUCCCAGACGACGAGGCCCCCUUCGACGCCUCUCCGAGAUCUACUACUUCUACUAACGACGCCAACCGUCACUCAACUCGGCUGGCCAACCUCCCUGCAGCCCCUGGGCUCGACUUCCCUACAAGCAGAGCUACCAAGGGCAAAGAUUCUAAUUCAAGCUCCUGCUCGAAGAUUCCAAGACCCCCGACCCCUAGGGAACUUGCACUCCCCAAGGGAACUGAUGUACAACUUCGAGCUGAAAUCGACGCCCUCCACGGCGACAUCCAAGCUACUGUCGACCGAUUCGCGUCGGUUGACGGACUCGCCCAAGCCCGAAG